AUGAAAAAUAAAGCUCUGUCAUGUUUGGGACGGAGAAAGAGACAGUCGAGCUGGGCCGAGGCGGAUCCGGAGCGCGUAAAAGCAGCUGAGGAGGAGGAAGCAGCCCCGUGCGCGGCUUGGAAGUUACCGAGAGGCGGGCGACCUGCAGGCGUGAACUCUCCCAGAAACAGGCACACCACGACGCAAGGACCCGGGGUUCAGCCAGCUGCGAACCGAGCCACGGCCGCUGCUUCGUCCCAUGCGUCAGGGGAAGUGUGCGUUGUGGGCAGCUCCGAGGACAAUGCUGCGCCUCUUCUCUCGGAGGACAUGGAGAAGUAUUCACCGAGGAACGAUCAGCAACACCGGGGAGGCUCGCGGGAGAAAACGUGUCCAGCUGAAAGUCUAAACAAAGUUGACAGUGGACAAAGUGAUCACAGUUCACCAGGAGUGCAAUGUUAUCCAGGAACCAUUCCAAAACUCAUCAUCACCAGAGACACAGGCCCUGGCUGCUCCCAAGAAGUGCAUCAGCCCAGCAGCAGCGGGGGUUGUCUGGAGCCUCACCCGGAUGACGAGUCUCCAUGCUCGGACAGUGGCUGUGGAGGCUCCCCUGCCCUGAUGCGCUCCCGCAGAAAGCUGUCCAAUUCGUCCUCCUUUGGCCUGUCUUCUGCCUCUUCAUUUGAGGAGUCUGAGGAUGAUUUCACAGGGAGUGAUAUAGAGUCCAGUCUGUCUCCUGGACGCCUCUCCUCCCUAUGCAGCCCUGAAGAUGGACCAGCUAAUAAGUCGUGGCAGAAGUUGAAGACAAUGGUUCACUGGUCGCCUUUUGUUGCGUCUUCGAAGAAGCGGUACCCGUGGGUGCAGCUCGCUGGCCACGCAGGUAACUUCCAGGCAGGAGACGAUGGUCGCGUGUUGAAACAAUAUUGUGAAUGUGAGCGACAGUGUUUACAGAAGCUCAAGGAAGAUGUCCUUCAGCCCCAUGUUCCUGGGUAUUAUGGUGUAGUGAACAAAGGUGAAAAAGACUUCAAUGUGAUGGAUGACCUCCUGGCUGAUUUUGAAUCUCCAUCCAUCAUGGAUUGUAAAAUGGGUAGCAGAACCUAUUUGGAGGAGGAGCUGUCAAAAGCCCGAGUCCGUCCACGUUUGAGGAAGGACAUGUUUGAGAAGAUGGUGGCUGUAGAUCCAGAGGCUCCGACUGAGCAGGAGCGAGCGCAGCAGGGAGUCCUCAAGCCCAGAUACAUGCAGUGGAGGGAGACGCUGAGCUCUACAGCCUCACUGGGCUUCCGCAUCGAGGGCAUCAAGAAAGCUGAUGGUACCUGCAACACUAAUUUCAAGAAGACAAAGCUGAAGCCGCAGGUGAUGAAGGCGUUUGGAGACUUUGUCGAAGAAGACACUCACACUUUGAAGCUCUACCUGCACCAAUUAGAGGAGCUGAGAUUAGUACUAGAAAGAUCACCUUUCUUUUGCUCACAUGAGGUCGUGGGCAGCUCUUUACUGUUUGUGCACGAUGCGUCGGGGAAAGCGCGUGUUUGGAUGAUCGACUUUGGGAAGACAGUUCCUCUUUCAGAGGGACAGACCCUGGACCACCGGACACCGUGGGUAGAAGGCAACAGGGAAGAUGGCUUCCUCUGGGGACUGGAUAACCUCAUCGAUAUCUUUAGUACAAUGCUUUCACCAACUCCUUCAGAGGAAAAGAGUUCUGAUCGAUCGAAGGAGGACUGA